AUGGCUGAAAAGGUUCAAAGCUGCAUUUGGAGCCUCAUUUAUUUGGCUUGUGGCCUUAACUUACUUCACCAGGAAUUUAAUCUUUUGGGUCAUUAUAUAAUGGAGUUUGUUGUGUUUCUAGGAGGUAAGGAUAUUUGUGAUUCUAGUUGGUGGUGUGGAAAAGCUCAUAUUCAAACCCCUUGGAGUAACAAUCCUGGAUCCGCCACUGAACGCAAUACUGGUCAUGAUUGCUUCAAGCUCGUUGGAGUUCUUGCAACUCUCUUUAUGUUGAAUCCGAUACUGGUCACGAUCGAUUCAAGCUUACUGGAGAAAAACCGCCACCACGGUCUUGGUACCCUCAACCGUAUGAGUCACCGAACAUGCAAAUGA